ACCUAUGUUAGUACCUUACGCGAUAGCACAGAGUUACAAAGUACGCGGAGUAAACCUGCCUUCGAACCUCUUCAGCCUCAACCUCCAGCUCCUGCCGUCGCGGGUCCUCUGGGUUCGACUUCGACUGACACCCCGCCAUCUAGCAGUCAUCGCAAGCCGUCGUCACCAACGCUGCCGUUCCCACACAGCGUGCCCUCCUCCUCUGCGCCAACGCUUGCACACGCGCAAUCACGAAAAACCGACGCUGCUGCUGUGCGACGACGUAACCGCGCCUUACUAGCCGCCUUUUUACAUCUCGAAUCUGACGCCUUGGCCCGCCCGCCCGCCCGCACUAGAGCCCGCCGUGUGGUAUCGUGUACGGGUCACCAACUGGCCGCAGCACGGAGCACGUUGCGUCGCUUAUCGUGAGAAGGGCCCAUUCAUCGCAGAUUUGGCGCGACCCGGCAGACCCGCCCGCUUUGAAGCGUCUUUCUCUCUCUCUCUCUCUCGCUCUGACAUCAUCAUGCCGCUAGUAAAGGGUCUGCUCACCGGCAAGACGGCCAUCAUCACGGGCGGCACCACGGGCAUCGGCCGCGCCAUCUGCCUCGAGUUCCUGCGGCAGGGCGCCAGCGUGGUCGUCAACCACCUGGGCCUGGAAAGGGACCAGCCGCAUCUCGACUCGCUUGUUGCCGAGGCCAAGGCCCUUGCGGAGCAGGAAGAUGCCGGCGCGGGACGUCUGGCGCACCAGGCGGGUGACGUCCGUGACCCGGCCACGGCGACACGGCUCGUCGAGAUGGCGGUCGCGCACUCGGGCACCGCCAAGCGACUCGACGUAUGCGUGUCCAACGCGGGCGUCUGCACCUUUGCCGACUUCCUGUCCCUCUCGCCCGACCUCUUCACCACGACGCUCAACACCAACCUCUCGGGUGCAUUCUACGUCACGCAGGCCGCCGCCCGGCAGAUGGCCCUGCAUCAGUCGCCCCCGGGCGGCAGUAUCAUUGGCGUCAGCUCCAUCAGCGCGCUCGUCGGCGGCGGCGAGCAGACGCACUACACGCCCACCAAGGCGGGCGUGCUGAGCCUGAUGCAGAGCACCGCCGUCGCCCUGGGCAAGCACGGCAUCCGCUGCAACGCGCUGCUCCCAGGGACGAUCCGCACGCAGCUCAAUGAGGGGGACCUGGCCGACGACGGCAAGCGCGCCUACAUGGAGGGGCGCAUCCCGCUCGGCAGGACGGGCGAGCCCAGGGACCUGGCGGGGCCGGCCGUCUUCUUGGCCUGCGACGAGCUGAGCGGCUACGUGACGGGCGCGCAACUCCUCGUCGACGGGGGACUGUUUGUCAACCUGCAGUGAGGCGCGACACGUGAGA